AAUUCUGAUAUCUCUUUUCAAUUGAAUUUAGGCUCACACAAGUGGCGCUCAGGUUUGAGGCAUAUGUAACAGCUCUCAUCAUCACAGCGCUUUAUCAUGUUUUCUUAAUUUAGGGGAAACUAGUUUGUAUGAUGUCCUGGACUGGUUCUGGAAUAACAACUGUCCGAGUAAUCUGUCUGUGUUGUUGGCAGGAUUCCUCUGAGUCGUAUCACAUGGCCACCAGCCCAAGCCGAGCUUCCAGGAGAGGAGACAUGACCUCCAGUCCUGGACGAGACCUGCCACCCUUCGAGGACGAAUCAGAGGGACUGCUGGGGGACGGACCGAUGCCCGGAGAGGAGGAGGAAGACCGGGACGGAGAGGAGUUGAUCGGGGAUGGGAUGGAGAGGGAUUACCGAGCCAUCCCGGCGCUAGAUCAGUACGAGGCCGAGGGUUUGGACCUGGAUGAUGAGGAUCUGUUGGAACUGUCACCUGGAGCCAGAGCUGCUGCCGAGGAGGCCAUGAGGAGGAGGGACAGAGAGCAGGGAGUCAGUGGACGGCUGAGGAGAGGACUGCUCUACGACAGCGAAGAUGAGGACGACGAGCGGCCAGCUGCUCGUCGAAGGCGCCUGGCUGAGCGGGCGGCAGAGGGCGUUGCAGACGGAGAGGAAGAGGAAAUGAUCGAGAGCAUCGAGAACCUGGAGGACAUGAAGAGUCACACGGUGAGGGAGUGGGUGUCGAUGGCAGCGCCCAGGCUGGAGAUCUACAACCGCUUCAAGAACUUUCUUCGUACACACGUGGAUGAGAACGGCCACAACGUCUUUAAGGAGAAGAUCAGCGACAUGUGCAAAGAGAAUAAGGAGAGUCUGGUCGUGAACUACGAAGACCUGGCAGCCAGAGAGCAUGUUCUGGCCUACUUCCUGCCAGAGGCUCCGACUGAGAUGUUGAAGGUUUUUGAUGAAGCGGCUAAAGAGGUGGUUCUGGCCAUGUACCCGAAAUACAGCCGCAUUGCCCACGAGAUCCACGUUCGCAUCGGCAACCUGCCGCUGGUUGAGGAGAUCCGUUCACUCAGGCAGCUCCACCUGAACCAGCUGAUCCGGACCAGCGGUGUGGUGAGCAGCUGCACCGGCGUCCUCCCGCAGCUCGGCAUGGUCAAGUACAACUGUAACAAGUGCAUGUUUGUGCUGGGACCCUUCUUUCAGUCCCAGAACCAGGAGGUGAAGCCGGGCUCCUGCCCCGAGUGUCAGUCGCUCGGCCCCUUCGAGAUCAACAUGGAGGAGACUGUAUACCAGAACUACCAGAGAAUCACCAUCCAGGAGAGCCCCAGUAAAGUUGCUGCAGGCCGCCUCCCGCGCUCCAAAGACGCCAUCCUGCUGGCUGACCUAGUGGAUAGCUGCAAGCCUGGAGAUGAGAUUGAGCUGACUGGCAUUUAUCACAACAACUACGAUGGCUCUCUGAACAUGGCGAAUGGCUUCCCAGUGUUCGCCACGGUGAUCUUAGCCAACCACAUCACCCGCAGAGACGAGGGCGUGGCCGUGGCUGAGCUGACUGACGAAGACGUCAAGGCCAUUGUCGCCUUGUCAAAGGACGAGCGCAUCGGGGAAAGGAUCUUCGCCAGCAUGGCACCGUCCAUCUACGGUCACGAGGACAUCAAGCGAGGCCUCGCCCUGUCGCUGUUUGGUGGAGAGGCCAAAAAUCCAGGUGGGAAACACAAAGUGCGUGGAGAUAUCAACAUGCUGCUGUGUGGAGACCCGGGAACCGCCAAGUCCCAGUUCCUCAAGUACGUGGAGAAGGUGGCGAGUCGUGCUGUGUUCACCACGGGUCAGGGCGCCUCCGCGGUCGGUCUCACCGCGUACGUCCAGAGACACCCAAUCAGCCGCGAGUGGACGCUGGAGGCUGGAGCGCUGGUGCUGGCCGACCGAGGCGUGUGUCUGAUUGACGAGUUCGAUAAGAUGAACGAUGCAGACAGGACAAGUAUCCACGAGGCCAUGGAGCAGCAGAGCAUCUCCAUCUCCAAAGCUGGCAUCGUCACCUCACUGCAGGCCAGGUGUACUGUCAUCGCCGCGUCUAAUCCCAUCGGCGGCAGGUACGACCCAUCACUUACCUUUUCUGAGAACGUGGACCUGACGGAGCCCAUUGUGUCUCGUUUUGACAUCCUGUGUGUUGUCCGAGACACCGUCGACCCCCUACAGGAUGAGAUGCUGGCACGCUUUGUAGUCGGCUCCCACAUAAAGCAUCACCCUAGCAACAAGGAAGGGGGCGUGGCCUUGGAGGAGGUGGUUCUGCACAACACGUCGGACGUGGCACUCAUUCCCCAGGAGCUCCUGAAGAAGUACAUAAUUUACGCCAAGGACCGGGUCCAUCCCAAACUGAACCAGAUGGACCAGGACAAGGUAGCUCGCAUCUACAGCGACCUCCGCAAAGAGUCGAUGGCGACAGGAAGUAUCCCCAUCACAGUCCGUCACAUUGAGUCCAUGAUCCGCAUGGCCGAGGCCCACGCUAAGAUGCACCUGAGGGACUACGUGCUGGAGGACGACGUCAACAUGGCCAUCAGGGUGAUGCUGGAGAGCUUCAUCGACACGCAGAAGUUCAGCGUGAUGAGAAGCAUGAGGAAGACGUUUGCUCGUUACCUGGCGUUCCGCAGGGACAACAAUGAACUGCUGCUCUUCAUCCUCAAGCAGCUGGUGGCGGAGCAGGUCGCCUACCAGAGGAACCGAUAUGGCGUCCAGAACGACACCAUCGAGGUCUCAGAGAAAGACCUGCAGGACAAGGCGAGACAGAUCAACAUCCACAACCUGGCUUCCUUCUACGACAGCGAAGUAUUCAGCAUCAACAAGUUCAGCCACGACGGGAAGAAGAAGCUGAUCCUGCAGCAGUUCUGAGAGCCUUCAACUUCUCUACUCAUAAGUAGUGUGCCCCAAGAACUCUGUUUAAUGGCCCAGAAUGGCUCAUUUGAAAACAAAAUUACUCCAUGUCUGGAGCCUGAAAACAAUUUUGGUAUUAGCUUUUUCAGCUGGAUAAAAGAUGAUUAGAGUGGGGAAACAAAGAGCAAUAACACUCCACAAAUGUUUGUUUUGUUGGAGGUUUAAAUGCUGUGUUGACCAACUUGAAUCUUAAAGUAGCAGUGAGAAAGAUGGAGCAUGUUUGUACUUCACAAAACAUCUCUCACUUUUUCCAAGAGAAAAUGUUGUGUAAAAUAACAGAAUCUACACUCGCUCACACUCACCCCCUGUUGUUCCUUCUGUGUUUUCUGUCUGUUUGCGCCCUCUGGUGGGGUUGCUUGUAAAUAAAUAUACAAGUUUAUUUUGUUCAAUUGAACCAAUUCCUCAGUGACUAGCGGACAUUUUACUGACUUUCAUAUUUUUGCACUUCAAGCUCUGUGUGUUGAGGUUUUGUGUGUUCAUGAGAUGUGCAACUUUUCAUGCUUGAUAAUUGACUAAAAACACACAAGGACUUAAAAUAAGUUUUUGGAUUGUAAGUCUGUUUUGCAAAUAAACUUGUAUUUGAUUAUGAUAAA